UAAAUACAUUAUAUAUAUUAUUAUUUUCUUAUGCAUAUCUGCACUACAGAAUGCAUUUUCAAACAAGUAGGGUGUGAAGUGGUUGCACACUUGUUUCUAGCUGGGACUUAAACUAUUUUUUUCAGCAAAAUCACUGUUGUACAGCGUGUACCUGAAAUAGCCCCUCAAAACAUCGAAAACGAGUCAAAAGGUGUUCGUCGGGUUCACCCGAGGAUAAUGGCGGUGUCAGCUCAGGUUGGUAUUGGCUUGACGUGUGUACUGCUUGCAUUUGUGUAUCAGUGGCUCCCUAGCACUGACUAUUCUUCAAUUGUCACAGAUGAAAUAUCUGACGAAUAUGACUACAUCGUUAUCGGUGGUGGAUCGGCAGGUUCCGUAGUCUCGUCGAGGCUAUCCGAAGAUAGUGACACUUCCGUUUUGUUAUUAGAGGCAGGGGCACAUUUUAUUGAUAGUCCACUGACGCACACACCACUUACCUGGGUACCUCUUCAGCAUUCCGAAUAUGACUGGGAAUAUUAUACGGAAAAACAGACACAAUGCUUUCAAGGAAUGCAAAACAACAAAGGGUACUGGCCGCGUGGCCGUGUACUCGGAGGUUCGGGAAUUCUAAAUGGAAUGCAGUAUACACGUGGAAGCAAGUUUGAUUAUGACGAAUGGGCAGCUGACGGAUGUGAUGGAUGGAGCUAUGAAGACGUUCUUCCUUAUUUUCUGAAAUCAGAAGAUGUCCAGAUUGAAAAAUUAAAAUCUUCGAAAUAUCACAGUAGUGGAGGACCGCUUGCUGUUUCUUACAGUGCACCUACAGAACUAACUAAUCUGUUCAUGAAAGUUGGAGAAGAACUUGGCUAUCCGAUAACGGAUUACAAUGGCGAAGAUCAAGAAGGAUUCAGUGUCAUUCAAAGUAAUGUGCGGGAUGGAGUUCGUAGCAGUACAAGUCUUGAAUAUCUUGCAAAAAUUGGCAAGAGAAAUAAUCUUGACAUUGCUAUCAAGGCUUUGGUUGCUAAGAUUGACAUUAAAAAUGAUAAAGCGGUUGGCGUUUUCUAUAUAAAAGACAAUAAGAAGUAUUAUGUGAAGGCAAAGAAAGAAGUCAUCUUAUCGGCAGGUGCUAUAAAUUCACCGCAACUACUAAUGUUAUCAGGAAUUGGCCCAAAGGAGCACCUUCGUGAAAUGGGGAUACCUGUAAUAAAAGACCUACCUGUUGGGAAAUAUUUAAAAGAUCACCAACUUGUAACCUUUCUUUCUCCUAUCAACAAACCAUACGGUCUUACAAAGAAACAAAUGAUUAGCCGAUGGUCGCAAUUUCAGUAUGAUUGGUUCAAAAGUGGACCAUUGGCGAGCACUGGUCUCGACGGAUCUGCAUUCUUGCAUUUGAACAAAUCCGAUCGCGGAAAAACAUAUCCCGAUAUUCAAGUCAUAUUUUUCAGUUUCCUUUUUACCGAUAAUCUCGCAAGCCUUAAAGACGAAAUAGCCGAUGAGUAUAUUCAAAAAGACGAGUCUCUUCAUGGUUUAAGCACGACAGUGUGUUUAACUCAUCCACAUAGUACUGGAAACCUUAAGUUACGCAGUACUGAUCCAUUCGAUCCUCCUUUGAUAGAUCCACAAUAUUUCACAGAUAAAAGAGAUGUAGAAACAAUGAUUGGAGGCAUUCGAUUAUGGGAACAAUUUACAGAGACAAAUACAUUUAAAGAACUUGGUGUUGACAUUAAUAAAGCGAAAUACACGUUCUGUUCGGAGUUUGAAUUUCGGUCAGAUGAGUACUGGGAGUGUUUUAUCCGCCAUAUUUCGUCUACGGAAUAUCAUCAUGCCUGCACUUGUAGAAUGGGUGGGGAAAAUGAUCCUUUAGCGGUAGUUGAUACACAGUUACGUGUAAAAGGCAUUAAAGGACUUAGGGUAGUAGAUGCAUCUGUUCUACAUAACGUAACAUCUGGUAAUACCAAUGCUCCUACAAUAAUGGUCGCAGAAAAGGGAGCAGAUAUUAUACGAGGGAAAGACACUGUUGAAAAAUACCGAAAACAAUUAUAAAUUUAAACAUCCUUGUUGAAGAACUCAAAUAUGUUAAUAUGCUUAUUGUGUAUGUCGCUGAAUUAUUGUAACCGCCGGGUUUGGCAUAGGCGGGAUUAUGUUGACAUGAUUUUCAUCUAUGUCAUGAUUUUUACAUGCAGUGUAUCGGGUAUAAAGAAAGUUGUUAUUUUGUUUUGUUCAGAUCAGUUUAAGUUGAGAAAAGUAAUAGGAAUUAUUAAGUAAAAAUUAAAUAAAUAAAAGUUUAAAGAAG